GAAAAUGAGAACCCCACCGACUUGAGAGUUUACGGCAAAAGAAAAUGCAGAGAGCCAGCCAAGCCUUAAUUGUAAACGCGUAGCUACUUGUUUUUUAAGCUCUCCACUUUAAUUUUGGAGUUAUAGUUUUCUCAGCCAUUUUUGUUUGGCAAAGAGGGGUUCUUCCUUCGAGUUCGAAUUUGAUUGGCAGGAACAUGGCAUUGAAUAAAGAUUAUGGAAGAAAUGAGUUGAUAGUUGAUGUGUUAUCUGAUGAGAUUGAAAAUUUUGGGUUGCGUGGAGCCAAAAGUGAUUUAGUAGAAGACAUAGUGAGGAUAAAUAUAUCCAAUACUACACGCACUAUUGGAAGAAAGAGGAUUGCUGUUUUGAAUGACAUACAAAUGAUGGGUAUGGACAAUUAUUUAGAGACGAAACAGCUUAAGCGCCAUAAUUCAAAUGUUGAUGUUGUAUUUGAAGAUGGAUGUAUUGGUGCCUUAUAUGAAGAUGAGUCAGAGACACAUCAGAUCGAUGAACUUCCAUUCGAUAUUUUGGUUAAAAUACUUUGUAGAGUUGAACACAGUGAUUUGAAGGCACUUUCAGCUGUAUCUAAAUUAUUUAGAGAAGCGGUCAAACUUGCAAGGAAGGUACAUUUUAAUUAUUCUACCCCAAAUCCAAAAAUUAUUGGUGUCAAAAAUUUCGAGUUAGACGUGGUUGAAGACUCAAAUCAUGAAAGGAUCUCGACCCCGAAUGCCCCUAAGCAAGAUAGGUUCAAACUUCGACUUGAGAAUAUGGAAGCCUCAAAAUAUCCCUUGCAGCGAGCAUUAUUCUCAGAAAUGGAGUAUUAUGCUUAAUAUUUAAUGGUUUGUAGAUAUAUUUGUGAAUAUAAUGCAUUUUUGUAAUUUAUUGAUUCUUCCAAGUUAUCACAACCAGUGAUGCAUGUAUGUAAAUGUACUAUUGGUUAUUUCUUCAAUUCUUGCAUUGAAGACGAUUGUAAUAGAUUCCUAUGGAUGUAAGGAGGCUAAUAAGUUUGAGGGAAGGCUGUCUCGCUCUUUUUGUUGUUGACAGCCUCUUUUUAUUGUAAUAUGUUAAAUGUAUCUGUAUUAUUUCACUCUUUUUGUUGUUGACAGCCUCUUUUUGUUGUAAUAUGUUAAAUAUGUGUUAUUGA